AUGAGGGCAGUUUCGGGAUUCUCGCUGUUGGCGUCGUCGGCCGCAGUGGUUGCUGGCCAGCAAGCAAUCACCGCCGAUGGUGCAAACUUCACAUUGACGGGAGACAAUGUCUCGUACCUGUUCCACGCCGAUACGACAACUGGCGACCUCACUCUGGAUCACUUCGGAGGACCUGCAGAUUUCAUGCCAGCCGCCGUCAUCUCCACUCAAGGAUGGCACGACGGAUUGGCCAAUGACCGCCGCGAAUUCCCCGAUGUUGGCCGGAGCGAUCUCCGCUUGCCUGCUAUUCACAUCAGACACGCAGACGGAAGCACGGUCACCGCCCUCACCUACGAGUCUCAUGAAAUUGUUGCAGGGAAGCCCAAGCUUGAAGGACUCCCAUCCACCUACGGCAGUGAGAGUGAUGUCUCGACCAUCAUCGUGAGGUUGUAUGACAACGUCUCGGAUGUUUCUGCAGCCCUGCAUUACUCCAUCUUCCCCAAGUACAACGCCAUUGCACGCAGCUUCCAGCUCAGCAACAAUGGAACGGCCAACAUCACCAUUGAGCGUGCYGCCAGCUUCAGCGUCGACCUUCCCAACAACGACCUGUUGAUGACCUACCUCCAUGGAGACUGGUCACACGAGGCCAACCGUGCGGUUAAGAAGGUCGAGUAUGGUGAGACGGGAUUCCGGUCUACUGCUGGUUAUGCUUCCCACCUCCACAAUCCAUUCUUCGCCCUCUCUCCGCCCGAGACCACCGAGUCUCAAGGAGAGGCGUGGGGAUUCAACCUUGUCUACUCUGGCAGCUUCGAGGCCAUGGCGGAACGUUUCUCCAACGGAUACGUUCGCGUCCUUCUAGGACUGAACCCUCUUCACACCACCCUGGGUGUUGCGCCUGGUGAAACAUGGACGUCACCCGAGGCGGUCGCUGUCUAUUCCACCGAGGGUCUUGGCGGCAUGUCCAGAUCGUUCCACGACCUAUACCGCAACCAUCUCUCCCGUUCCAAAUUCACGGACCAGGUCCGACCCGUUCUGUUGAACUCUUGGGAGGGACUUGGUGCCAGCAUCAACGAAACCAACGUAGUGAAGCUUGCAGAGGAGACUGCCGCCCUCGGUGUCUCUCUCCUUGUGAUGGACGAUGGUUGGUUUGGCGUUGAAUACCCUCGCAACAACGACACCAUGGGACUUGGAGACUGGACUCCAAACCCGGCCAAGUUCCCACACGGCCUCAACCCUUUCAUCCAGGAGGUCAACAACUUCACCGUCGCCAAUGCUUCCACCUCGUUGCAAUUUGGUAUUUGGGUGGAGCCGGAAAUGAUCAACCCCAACUCUACGCUGUACCACGAGCAUCCCGAGUGGGCCCUUCACUCUGGUAAAUACGCCAGAUCUCUGACAAGAAGUCAGCUUGUUCUCAACGUUGGUUUGGUGGAGGUCCAGGACUUCAUCAUCAAUUUCAUGACMAACCUCCUCAGCACCGCCAACAUCCAAUACGUCAAGUGGGACAACAACAGAGCGAUGCACGAGCUGGGCAGUCCUUCUGAGAGCCAUACAUACAUGCUGGGCAUGUACCGCGUCAUCGACAACCUGACCACCACCUUCCCAAACGUCCUCUUCGAGGGCUGCGCUUCCGGUGGUGGCCGUUUCGACCCCGGCCUGCUCCACUACUGGCCACAGCACUGGGCAUCCGACAACACCGACGCCUCCGACCGCUUGACAAUCCAGAUGGGAACCUCACUCGCCUACCCACCAUCAUCAAUGGGAUGCCACAUCUCCAAGGUUCCCAACGGAGCCACGCAACGUAACAUUUCCAUGGAAUACCGCGCUCACGUCGCUCUCAUGUGCGGCUCCUUUGGUUUCGAAUUGAACCCCGAAGAGCUCAGCGCGGACGAAGCCUCCCUCAUCCCCAGCAUCAUGGAGGAGUCGGCAUUGGUGAACCCGCUCGUCAUCUCCGGAGACUUCUACCGUCUCGCGCUCCCCGAUCACUCCAACUGGCCGGCGGUGCAAUUCGUCUCCAAGAGCAAAGAUGAAUCCGCCGUCUUUGCUUUCCAGCAAAAGGCUACGUUGAAGCCUGCACCACCGCCAUUGAGACUACAGGGUUUGGACAAGUCGGCGAGAUAUGUCAACACCUAUGACAAUGCGACGUACAGUGGUGCUUCGUAUAUGAAUGCGGGUCUGAACAUCGACUUUGCGCAGGCGGAUUACAAGAGCAAGUUGUUCUAUCUGCGCAAGGUUUGA